AUGAGCAGUGAAUGCUUGCUACCUUACUACACAGCCCACAGCUACCGUUCAAAGGGCGUGUUCAAUACCUCCAUGGGGGACCUGCAACGACAACUGUACAAGGGAGGGGAGUAUGAUAUUUUCAAGUAUGCGCCCAUGUUUGAGAGUGACUUUAUCCAGAUUAGCAAAAAGGGGGAGAUGAUCGACGUGCACAACCGCGUCCGAAUGGUGACGGUGGGCAUUGCGUCCACCAGCCCCAUCCUCCCGCUGCCCGAUGUCAUGCUGCUGGCCCGGCCAACCAAAGUCUGCGAAGAGCACACCAAACGCAUCCGGUCCACCAAGGGGAGAGGCCGCAAGCCCGCCAAGACCCUGGAGCUCACCCGGCUACUGCCCUUGAAGUUUGUUAAGAUCUCCAUCCACGAUCGAGAGAAGCAGCAGCUGCGCCUAAAGCUUGCCACGGGUCGCACUUUCUAUCUGCAGCUGUGUCCCUCUGCAGAUGGGCAAGAAGACCUGUUUGGCUACUGGGAAAAACUUGUCUAUCUCCUGAGGCCUCCCGUGGAGAGCAGCAGCAGUACCCGGAUACCACAGAGUGGGGAUGCAGCGACCAUGGAGGAUGACAGCAGCCUAUUGACCGCAGAGUUCCGUGGAGAUGGAGAUCAGAACGAGGCGAGGUUUUACAAUCUUUGUGAUGUGUCCAGAGCCACUUCUUCCGGUUAUGCUGGGGGAGAGGGAAUGCCUGCUUCAACUCAGGCCAAGAAGACUCCGGGGACUGCCGAAGGAGCCUCAAAGGGGGCAAGCGGAGGCCUGGCAGUAGCAGGAACGAGCCCUAGAGCAAGCGUGGCAGCCGCGGGGGUGAUAACAAUCCCUGCAGCCAACACUGCAGCAGCAGGAGCGGGAACAAGCCCUAGAGCAAGCAUGGCAUCAGCGCGAGUGAGAACAAGUCCUAAAGCCAGCGUGGCAGCAGCAGGAGCGGGAUCAAACCCUAAGGCACAUGGGGCAGCAGCGGGAGCGGGAUCAAGCCCUAAGGCUAUCGUGGCAGCAGCAGGAGCAAGUCCCACAGCAGGUGCUUUGAGCAUAGCAGCAUCCCAGAAUGUGGGCACAGGCCACAUGGGCGUGGCCGUGGCUGGAGCCAUCACCAAGGGUCCGGGAGAAAGUGGAUCCAGCAAGGUCGCGGCAGGUGCCACCAACAUAUCCUCAGAGGGCACGAACGUGGCCUUGGCGGGUGCUGCCAGCUCGUCCUCAUUAACAACUUCCAUGGCAAUGGCAGGGGCUACCAAUGUCUCCCCAGCCAGCAGCACCAGCGUCACGUGCAUAGUGACAACCACAAGUCCCGACACAGAAAGAGCUGGAGGCCACGUCUCAACCUUGAAGGGUCAACGGGAAAGGAGCCCAAAGGCCUCCCAACCCAGAGCUGAAUCUCGGAGGGGGAAAAAAGAAAAGAGGGAAAAGAAGGACAGACAUCCUUCCACAAGGAAAAGUUCCCAUCACCACAGGACAGGAGGGAACAAGUCGGUCCGGAAAUCCUCCUCCCACCAGUCAUCCUCUGGCCAUAAAAACACAAGAGAGGACAAGAAAGAAAAGGGGGCGAGCAACAUCAAGGGCAGGAGACACAGCACUCACAAGAGUUCCAGCCACAGCUCCGCUGUGAAGGAGUCGAGGGUACCUCACAAGCUGGGGAAGAGCAGGUCUGCCAGCUCCGGUACUUUAAGUAAGAAAUCCAGCAAGAUUGGCUCUUUUUUCAAGAGCUUCCGAGUCACUCGUGGUUCAAAAACCGAGGUCUCGUCGCACGACAGGGAGAUGGACUUCAAGGCCAAGAAGGUAGGGAAGCGCAACAUCGAGGCCAAGGUAGAGAAGGCUCCGGGAGGCCGGGAUCUGGAGAUCACUGGCACCGUGACAUCGGAGAUGUUGGAGACGAUCUACAUUGAGACCAAAUCCAAUUAG